UUAUUUGUUUGUUUCUCUCUUUCGUUCCGCGGGGCGCGCGGCGGCUCCUCCGUUGGGUUCGCGGAGGCAACGGAGGAACGUUCGCGAGCUGCGGCGGUUCCGCAGCAGCAGCAGCAGCAGCAGCAGCAGCAGCGCUUCUCUCGACCGGUUUUCCGCUCGACUUUCCACUCGCUCCCCAUCCCCUUCUCCCUCUCACACUCACUCCACUCCUGUCCCGUCCCGUCCGUGUCCCGCCUCUCCCAGCCCGGCUGAUGCCGCGUCCCGCAAGGCGCCCCUCGGCGGGGCCGCCCCGUGCCCGGCCCUGCCCGUCCCGCCGCGGAGCCGCCUCCGCCGGGCUCUCUCCGUACUGGCUGUGGCGCCGCUGGAAGUGCCGCUCGCUCUGGUGCUGGCGGAGCAGCGCGGUCUUUUGGCUCCGCCUGGCGCGGGCUCUGGCCCGGCCCCGGCCGAGGCCCCGGCCCCGAACGAAGCCCCUGCCGCGGUUCCGCCCGCAGCCGCCCCGCUGCCGCCCCGCGCCCGCCCCGUCGCCGACAGCGUCGCCGGCGGCUUCCCCGCUCCGAGCUCCGCCGCUCGUCAGCUCAGCCGCCGGCCCCGAGCCGCCGCAGCCCGGGGCGGCUCGGCAAGCAGCAGCGCGCCGGGCGCUCGGCUUGGCGGGGCAGAAGAGCGGGAGCGCGGUGCCGCCCGCACGGGCGGAGAAGCCUCCCCUGGAGCAGCACUACCGGGAGGCCCCGCUGCUGGGGAGCGGCGGCUGCGGCAGCGUUUACUCCGGGACCCGGCUCGCCGACGGCGCCCCGGUGGCCAUCAAGCGAGUGUGCCGCGAUCGCAUCCCGGAGUGGGCGCGGCUGCACAACGGCGCCCUGGUGCCCCUGGAGCUGGCGCUGCUGUGGAUGGUGUCGUGCCCUGGCUUCCGCGGCGUCGUGCGGCUCCUGGACUGGUUCGAGCUGCCCGACGGCUUCGCGCUGGUCAUGGAGCGUCCGCAGCGCUGUCAGGACCUCUGGGACUUCCUGCACGAGCGGGGGUUCCUGACGGAGCCCGUGGCGCGGGGGCUGUUCCGCCAGGUGCUGGAGGCCGUGCGGCACUGCACCAGCCGCGGCGUCCUGCACCGCGACAUCAAGGCCGAGAACGUCCUCGUCGACCUGGCCACGGGCGAGGCGAAGCUCAUCGACUUCGGCUGCGGCACGAUCCUCCAGGACACGUUCUACACCCGGAUGUCAGGAACGCCGGAGUACAGCCCACCGGAGUGGAUCCUCUUUGGCUGCUACCAUGGCCAGCCAGCCACCAUCUGGUCCCUGGGCAUCCUGCUCUAUCACCUGGUCUGCGGGCACCUUCCUUUCCACACAAACGAGGACAUCGUCCGGGGCCAGCUCUUCUUCCCGCCCCGGGUGUCUCAAGAGUGCCAGCACCUCAUCAGGUGGUGUUUAUCCAUGGACCCCGCAGACAGGCCAUCACUGGAAGACCUUUUUGAGCAUUCUUGGCUGCAGGAGCCCUGCCUGGCCCAGGAGACAGCAGAGAUCCAUCCCUGUGCUCAGUAGGAUCCAGGAGCCCAGCAAGUACCAGCUGCACGCGUCUGGUGGCACUCCAAGAAAACCCCGGAGCAUUUCCCUGCGGCUGCGGCACAGAGGAGAGAGCGCAGCCGAGGAGAUGCUUCCGCUGGUCCCCGGCGAGUUGUGGAGGGAGUGGCUCAGUGCGCCCCGUGCCACUGGAGAAGUGGUGGCAGUGCGGUGAAGGUGCCACGGACUGGAACAGGGGAAACAUCCCCCUGCAGCUCAAUGGCAUCGGGAUGUCCCCGCAAGCCGAGGCACAGCUGGCGUGUUCUUCUGGAGCACCACGUGGAGCUGGGAACACCAUCCUGGAGCUGGCCGCUGGCGGGGCAAAGCCGACCGGCUUUGGCUGCGGCCCCUUCCUGGAGGACACGCUCUGCGCCCCGAUGAAAUCAAGAUGAGUCCCCAGCCGGUGCAGGGGCGGGGGGAUGCUCGUGCUUCCAGGCAUGGCAGGGCUCGGCCUGGCCACGCGCCGCAGGUUCCCCGCUCGGCGGCGCUGGGGAAUAUUAAUUUUUCCCCCGGCUGCCGAGCUGCUUUUUGGUGGGACAGGGGACGGAUGUUGUGGAAGAGGAGCCGGCUCCUGGCCUUGCUGACAGCUUCUGCCAGCCAGUCUGGCACGGGCUGGGGCGGGGGCAGCCAGCCUGACAAAGCAUCCAUCCAUGUGGAUGGGGGCAGCAGAGGGGGACGGGUUCCGAAGCGGUGACAGGCUUUGUAGGUUUUUCUUGUUUCCAGGUCUUGUUUUGAAUUGACUUUCAUGCAAUUGUUCUUUGUUUUUCCCAGGAAGAUUACACCUGGUGCCCGGACCGGACGGGGAAGCGCCUGCACCAUCCGUGGAGCACAUCCAGUGCCAGCGCUACCCCAGGGGCCACGGCCUGUGGGGACAUCCCCUUCAAGAAGGACGAGGACCUCGUGCGGGAUCGGCUCCUCUCCUGGCAGCAGGUCUGCAGAGGUGGGUACCCGGCUCCACAGCUGGGCUGGCAGAAGGGCUUCGGGCAGAGGGCAGCGGGCACACGGGCAUCCCGCCCUUGCAGCUGCUGAGGAGGCUGCUGUGCUGUGCUGAAGCGGAGGAGGUGGAACGUGGCCUGCCACGCUGCCCUUCUCUCGAAACAGAGAAUGGCUCGGGAGGUUUGGGCUCUGAGCACAGCCAGCAGCCUGGCCCGGGCACAGGCCAUGGCAGGACAGGGCACAGGAGCCUUCUGUGACUGACCGUGGCUCUCUGGUUUCUCUCCGCAGGCUGCCAGCACCUCAUGCCAUGGAAACGGCUCCGCUCGGCCUGCCAGGCUGGGAGGGCUGGAGGGCGGCGGGUGUUCAUUUGCUGUCAGAAAUAAAUCGUUCUAUUUUUUUGUCA